CAGAUCAGUGCACUGGAACUACUGUGUCCUUGACGAGGGCCACAUUAUAAAGAAUGGAAAAACAAAGGUAGGUUACGUCUUGGUGUUUCCUCUAGAGAGCAAACGUUGAGGAGACCUGACAGGAAAAAAAAACUGGUCGAGACGAAGAUAUCGUUUAUUUGGCAUUCUCUAUAUGUUAUCUCUCUGACAGAACUUAAACAGGUUUUCUUUUUUAUCAUUGAAGUUUCAUUGAUAGUUGUUGCUUGAGAAUGAUUUCGAAUCGUCUGAAAUGGAACGGUAGCGAUGUAGUCCAGUAUUCAAAUUAAAGGCGGAUGGUAAGAAGUUCCUACAAGUAUCAGCCCUUUUGAGCAGUUAGGACGGAAUCGUAAACAAGCUCUUUGUAAUGCAUCGUCAUUGAUGUCGACAUUGGUCGUGGUGGGCGGCUUAAGUUCCAGUUUUUCAAUUUGAUUUUUUUUGUCUUUCCUUCUAGCUUGCUAAAGUCAUUAAGCAGCUACGAGCCAGUCAUCGACUUAUACUCUCGGGAACACCAAUCCAAGUACGAAUUGAGGGGCUUUUAUUAAGCAAAUGAAGCUAUGCGAUUUAAAUAUGGGAAGAUGACUAGUCAAUGCUCCAACAGUUGUUCCACAUGUAGAUCCUAAAGUCCUCUUCGUUUACAAACAAAGAAGUGGAUAAAUAUUUUCCUCUGCCUCGUAUACUGUUAGGAAAUGUCAGCAGCUUCUGUCGAACAGCAAAACGUUGUUCGUGUUUCUGAAAUAUUCUACGUCACAACAUUAAAAAUUGAGACAAUUGAGACAUUGCUCGUUCUGAUGUGUCGUUCAUUUUUGCUUCAUUCUCACCAUACUCCUUUGUUAUGAGUUAUCUUUCCGUAUAGUAGCGUAAUUUUGUAGUUUUUUGUAUUGCUUUACUUCGUUCGGUCUUGUAAAGAUUUGAUACGGUGCUUUACGUUGACAUGCUUAUGUUUUAUUUUCAGAAUAAUGUCCUGGAGCUGUGGUCAUUGUUUGAUUUCUUAAUGCCUGGUUUUCUCGGAAGUGAAAAGCAGUUUCAGUCUCGGUUUGGUAAACCAAUUCUACAGAGUAGGGACGCAAAAUCGUCCUCUAAGGAACAAGAAGCUGGUGAGUGUCCGUGAAUUAAGUACUAAGUAGCUAACACAAAGCCUGCGUAGCUUUUGGUCGGUGAUGAAAAAUAAGGCAGUAGAAACAUUUAAAUGAACGUCAGAGCUCCAAUCCUCUUUCCGCCACUCAAGAGUUCCACGAAGCCGCUAGUUACAUGUCUUAGCCACUUCAGCAGCCUGAAUUUCGGCUUAACGUUUGUUGAACGAAAAGGACAAUAGAUGUUGUGCCCCACCAGAAAAAAAGUGAAACCGGCCCCUGCAAGACGCUCUCGCUUUUCAGCUAUCAUAGAAAAUGUUGGAUUGUUUUACCCUUGAUUUUCCGCCGGCUUCACCCUUUUUAUUCCAAAGACCACGCCCUAACUGUCCCUCCUCGGUAACGAUUUGUUAAAUAAGUAAUUGCUUUGAAGGAAAUUGAAGGUCCUUUAGGAGUAGACUGUUCGCCUGUCAGUAAGAUUUCAUGGCGUUGUGGAUCAUAAAUGAGGUGAUACCGUGGUCUGUAUUGACACAUGUGUCCCAUUCUUAGGGGCCUUGGCCAUGGAGGCCCUUCAUCGUCAGGUUUUGCCAUUCCUAUUGAGGCGCCUGAAAGAAGAUGUACUGCAAGAUCUUCCACCUAAGAUCAUUCAAGAUUACUACUGUGAACUGAGCCCCCUACAGGUCAGUCUGUUGCUAUUGCCAACAAUCAAAGUGCGCACUGGGGCGAUGUAUAAUAGUUUUCGACAAUACUUGAUAGUUGUCGACAGAAUAUGAAUAUUCAAGCAGCUGUGCGAAAUUUCAAGGAUCUCCAACAUGUAUUUAGUGGUAUUUUUUUUUGAAGAAUUUCCGAAAAUUGCCCUCCAGGUCGUUCCUCUCACUCAAGAAAAAAAAUUUUUCGUUUUACAGGUUCAGUUAUAUGAAGACUUCGCCAAGUCUCAGGUCAAGAAAGGUUUGGAGGAAACAGUUUCUCACAUCGAUGAAGAAAACAAAAACGAGAAAGCAAGCAAAGAUAAUCCUCAUGUUUUCCAGGUUAAUAUUGGUUUCAUUCUUACUGCCAUUCAACGUUUAUUUUACUCGUUUAAUUGUGAAUUUGAUCAUGGACACUAGUCUGUCCUCAGUGCUUACCACAAAUAACCUUCUGCAGUAUGAAUAUUCAUUCAAUCUGACAUGUAAAUAAUUCCCAGGCUCUUCAGUACCUGCGCAAGCUAUGCAACCACCCGCUUUUGGUGCUCACUGCCAAUCAUCCAGAAUACACCAAAGUUAUGGACCAAUUACAUCAACAACAUGUCUCCAUCCGGGACAUUCAGCAUGCCGCCAAACUUGUUGCUCUCAAGUAAGUCAGGUUAUUUGUUAGUGUAACUUCAAGGCAUUGUGCGGUUACCAAUAAUAUUUUAACGGAUUGCUUACGGAUAGACUUUGAACUUUUGCAAUUACUCUUUUUAGACUGGCACGCCUAGAGUACCAUUGAUUUCUGAGUUUCUUAAAAAUGGCGGUUUCUUACUUGAAUGAAAUUCAUAAAAUCCCUCACUUAAUGUAAGGUCUUCUCUGUUUUCAUCCUUUCCUUGUAACCAGUUCAUAAAAACUACUGCGCAUUCUGUCACCCUGAUAGCAGCAUACUUUGCUUAGAGGUGAAAAAUGAAGUCAUCUUUUCCUAUCAAGAAUAUUCCCUCGUCAUAACAUAUGUUGGCGUUUAGGCGCUUGACCUUUAGCUUAUUGUGAAAAUAGUUUUGUUUGAUGUACGCCUCAGGUUACUCUAAUUCCUCUUUCUGUCUACAAAUUGAUCAACAGGCAGCUGCUGAUGGAUUGUGGGAUAGGAGUUAGCUCCUCAUCCUCAGGCUCUAGUGAUCUGUCUUCAGACCCUGUAGUGUCCCAACACCGGGUGCUGUUGUUCUGUCAGUUAAAGAGCAUGUUGGACAUCGUUGAAAAUGAUCUUCUUAAGUAAGAGCAACAUUUUUUUUUUGUUUAACUUGUUUUUUUUUCGCCAUGCUGAUUGAUAUUGCUGCAUUCGUCUUUGGUUUGUCCAUUUGACAAUUAACCAGAACAAGACUCUAUGUGUACUUGUUCGUGGGUAGUACCUCGCCGCUACGUCUCAUGUUGUCGCUGUGGUGAUCGAACACGUUUAAAACAGUUUAUAUUUGUACGACGUGUUGCAAGGACAAAGUAUCAUUUUAUCAAACCUUCUUCAUUUAAUACGAAGUGAAUUGUCGGAGUGGCUGGUAAAUCUUCUCUUUAAUAUUCAGCCUUUGGGAGCGGAAAGAUGUAAAGGUUUGAAACUUAGCCUGCUUCUUAUAUUCAGUUUGCUUUAUUCACGCAGAAAACAUAUGCCUACAGUGACAUACCUCAGACUAGAUGGAAGUACGCCUGCGGGCUCGCGUCACUCGCUCGUACAAAGGUGAGAAUUCUUUCAUUUGAGGUUUGAGAUCGGUUCCGGUUAUUGGCCAUGGUCCAAUAUCUCUUAGAACAAAGGGAGGAAACGAUUGUCUGGUAUCCAAACAAUAUUACAAGACAACCUACGACAUAUAACCUAUACACACAAGUCCUGUAUUCGGUGCACGCCUCCCCCUAGAUAUCGUCUCGACAUUAGCAUACGUAAUUAAUCGUCACAACUAUAUGACAAGUACAUGACAUUUUCACAAGUAUGCCAUACCUAGACUGCUAUGCUUCAGAUGGCUUCCCCACGAACAAAUCAUUGCAAGGUUUCUGUGCUGCACCCUGAAUGGGCCGACUGGUAACGAUUUUCUGCUUUCAACGCUUUUUUGGAUAAUAAACGCGACGUUUAACAGCUUUUCUGUUACUUAGAGACUUAUUUUAUCCUCAGAUUUAACAACGAUCCCUCAAUCGACAUUCUAUUGCUGACGACACAUGUUGGAGGACUGGGAUUGAAUUUGACUGGUGCCGAUACGGUCAUCUUUGUGGAGCACGACUGGAACCCAAUGAAGGACCUACAAGUACGUAACCACCAACCUUUUGAACCUGUCCCCUCCCCCCUGUAUAUUCCGAUUUUCACCAACUUUGCUCAAGCUUUGUUUUUGGUAGAUGCGAUCAGUUGCCUUUUCUUGAUUGCUUCGAUCAUCUUUCUAGGCCAUGGACCGAGCUCAUCGUAUUGGACAGAAGAAGGUUGUAAACGUGUACAGAUUGAUUACACGGGGAACACUCGAGGAAAAGAUUAUGGGGUAGGUUUUAAAGCAGCACUAUUUGAAUCAUACAGCACAGAUAUCCUGAGAUAGGACUAACAUUAACGCUCGUUAAGUUUUUUCCGAAAGCGGGUGACGCUUGAAAAGUCAGCUUCUCAAACAUUUUUCCAUUUUUUUUUUAUGUAAGUGUCUCACUUGCCCAGUGACGCAGCGGUAAAAGUUUAUUUAUGAAGGAGUAUCGUCUACUAAACAAUUAUUCCACGAGCGCCCGUUGGAUAUGAGAUGACGGGCCUCGUCGGCGGUAAUCAUCUCAUAUCCAACAAGGGCGAGUAGAUUGACCGUUUUAUCAAAAAUGGCUUAAACUAUAAAUAAAUAUUCCCAACUUUAUUUUGUAAGAAAAACGGAAUGUUAGAAUGUAUAAAAACACUUCCGAUUUAACUCGUCUUCAUGCGUGCGCGUGAUGACUCAUAACUCAUGAUGGCUAAGCCAAUGAAAACUCUUGAAAUGCUUUAUCCAGUGAUCUAGUUUUUAAUAACAACUAGUAGUCAGCUUUCCAAUUUCCCCAAGGUGGAUAGAACAGUCAACACCUCUUUGGCGUCUUCCUUUGUUCUCAAACUUAUGAAAGACAUUCUCAUUGUCCGCUCGUUUCUAAACCUAAUUGUCAAGUGAUAACAUACUACACAAUUAGAUAUUUUAUAAAUUGAGUCUUCAAGUCGGACAUUUUUUUUCUGUUAGACUCCAGAAGUUUAAACUGAACAUCGCCAACACAGUGAUCUCGCAAGACAACUCAAGCCUAUUGACCAUGGAUACUGGACAACUCCUGGAUCUCUUUUCAGUCGACCAAGAAAAGGAGAGAGAAAAACCAAGCGCACAACAGUCGAAUGCGACUGGGAAGACUUCGCUCAAAACUAUGAUUGAAAAUUUGGGAGAACUAUGGGACGAGGAACAGUAUGAAACAGAAUACAAUUUAGACAACUUCAUUGGUUCGCUGAAGUGAAAAAUAGUAUGCGUCAUUUUGGGAUAGAUGAUUGUCAGUUUAACAACCUGGCCUUAUGUCUGUGUUGGUUGAGGCGAAGUUGUCCUGGUCAUCGAAGUUUACCUUGGAGCAGCCAUAACGAUUAAAAAGGAGAACCGAGGUUAAUCGUAAGGUUAAAUACCUUGGGUCGUUGCCCCGCAUUUUGCGAAAGGAAGUUGGAAAUUCAAACAUUGCUCAGGAAGUUUCUUCAACAGUUUAUGAAGUGACAAAGAGAACAAGUAAGGAAACAGACAACCAAAACAAAUUUUGAUUUGACAUUCUCAAAUUAAAAACGCCUCAGAAAAUUGACGAUGAUGUAAACAUUUUGUAAGUAAUAGGCUGGAUUUCAUAAAGUUAGCUCGCGUUUGCAUAUUAUUAAAAUAACAAGAACACAUUCAGAGUAAUUUGAACGCAGCUAGCGUAUUUUCGGGCAUUGGACGUCGCGCUCCAGGAAAGACACUUUCCUUUGUUUGUGAUUCAGAUCAAAUUCCCGCUUACGAAACGAAACAUUUUUGGUGAUGUCAAUUAGGCAUGUGGUGGAAUAAAGGUUUUCACUUUAUUAUAGUUGUAUUGUUUUGUUCCUUUUUUCCGUUAUGUCAAAAGCUAGGAUUAUCGAUAGACCGGUCAUCACAGUUCUCCAGAACAGUGAACAAAAUCAAGAACUUCUUUUUUGUGAUAAGUACCCGAAGUAUCUGUUUGAAUCUUCAGUAAGAAUAGCUAUAAUCUAAGCAUUUGGAUGUCAAGUUCAAAAACUUCUACUCGAUUGGAAUAAAAGACUCGAUGGAUUCCAGUUAAACGAUGACUAGACCCGGGUAGGGUGGGGAACUGUUUAGUCGCAGGGAUGCACAAAAGGUUAAGGGAGGAUUUAGGAAUCUGUUCCAAUUAACGAACGAAUUUAGCGAAUCUAAGCAGUCCAAGUCAAAGUUUACUCUAAGGUCACCAAGCUUAAAAUAAGGUAGGAAAUAUUAAGAACAGUCGUGAAAAUAACACGAAAACAAAAACUUCAAGAAGACCGAAUCCUAACUCGGCGCAUUACGCUCUCUCUGUGAUGCAAAUAGACUUGAACUCUUUUAAAAUUGUAAAUUAAGAGUUAAAUUACAGUCGUGAUCAAAUAAUUUUCGAGGGGAGACAAAAAGAUGGAUAUCAUCAAGGUUAUUUCCCUCACUACAGCCCUUCCCCCCCCCCCUCCGAUUUCUCUGGCCCUUAACCGGUUAUGAUAGGCAAUAUUCGCGAUUGCACAAAAUGCUUUCUUGCGCUGUCUUAUGACUGAGAGAUGUGAAACCCUUACUACUCCGGCAACAGCACAAAGGCAAGCGGCCGAGCCACUAAGACAUGACACGAAAUAAACACGACUAAGAGGAAAACAGAGUUUGGCAUGUACAUUAUUAACAGAUAAUCACGUUUUUUCUCGUACAAUUU